GUUUUCCGAGAGGAGGCGCUGCCCGAAUUUUCGCGUCGGUGCUCGCGCGAUCAGUGCGAUCCCCUACAUAUAAAUUCAGUGACUUGGUUGCACGAGCAGAAGGACGGCGUCAUGCCUAACAACCGAUACGAGGCUCUUACCGAAGACGCGCCGGCACAAUCACGAGCUGCCCACUGUCCGCGACUGCGUGAACUUGCCGUCCGAAUACCGCGCAGCCGUGCGUGUCGAAGAAGGAGCUCUCGCGAGGGCGACAGCAAGGCUCCCAUACACGACGAAGAGCAGAAGUGCCACUUUUCUUCGUCCUCGUCCUCACCGUCUCCAGAGCCCCGCGGUACCAGCCGGGAGCUGUCCUCUGACAUCGAGACUUCGCCAUCAUGCACGCCCAGGGGUUACCUUGUGUUCGUUGAUUCGAGCCCCGAACGCGAAGAAAGCAGCGAGAAGAGGGUUAUCGUGCCACCUGCUGACGUUCUUCUGGCCUGUUCUCGAACCUCGAUCCUAAGUAGCGACCCGAAGUGGAAUGGCAGUCCUCCGCAGACACCUGCCGGCUCUCUGAACGUAACCGCGAGUAGCGGACCCAUCUGCCGCAUUUGCCACGAGGGAGACCAACAAAACUCGCUUGUGUCUCUGUGCAGGUGCUCGGGCACUACGGGCCUCCUGCACGUCACGUGCCUAGAGCGCUGGCUGAACGCCCGCAACGUAGACCACUGCGAACUUUGCAACCACCGCUUUCCAACCGCGGGCCAAGGCUCUUGCGUGCGCCAGUUCUUUCACUGGGCGCUACACGGCGAUUCGCAGCGGGUGGUGCUGGGGGACUUGUUUUUCUUCGCGCUCCUGACGCCGGUGGCCGUGCUUAGCUGCUUCUUCUGCACCCACGGUGCCUCUAAGCAAGUGCUCGACGGUCGUAUCAUUGAGGCGGCCAGCCUGGUCACUCUCGCCUGCCUCUUCGUCACGGCCUACGUUGCCUGGUCGUUUUUUACGGUUCGCUUUCACUACCGAGCUUUCCGGGCAUGGCAGGCAAGGCACCCGAUGCGCAGGAUCCUGGCACCGCCUUUAGCCAGGGGAGCAGGUGCAGGCGGACAUGGCAGCGCUACGGGCAAUCAAUCUGGGGGCGUGUGGGAGCUGGAGGACGUCGUCGCUGGAAGCGUCGAGACCGGGCGCACGUCCACGGCAUAGGGUCAAGGCGGCGGCCUGCGAGCGGCUUUGCAACCUUCGCCUCAUGUUUUGCCGGAAGACCUCCCUUCUGCGCUACAGCAGCCAUCCUACGCACUCGGCCCAUCCGCAGGUUUCGCGUGUUGGUAGAUGUUUGUUGUAGUUCCGGUAAAUGUUAUUUUUUUCGUAUUCUGGUCUAAGCAAUAUGAAGCGUUAAGUAUUCUGUUUAACUUAAACACUGUUGUUGGACUGUGAGCGCUGUGCUGGUUCGCCAGUUUUAACUUUUUACUCUAUACUGUACUGCAAAUAAAGAGCUUGCUCGCAUUUUAAGAGCUAGUCUUCA